CAAAAUAUAUCCUCAAUCUUGUAAUAGAAGUGAACAUAAACAAAUCUGUUCAUCCACUGAAAUAUGUUUUCAAACAUUCCACUUUCUCAGACUGUAUUUUUUGUUCAAAUUUAGUAAAAAGAGCAUUUAUUAUUACCACAAACCUUUCAAAGAGGAUAAAUCUGGAAAAAAAAAUAAUUCACUGAUAAUCUUCUCAAUGUGGGAACAUGAGCAAUUCUGGAUAAAAUAAGGUGGGACUGGAGGGCAGCUUAGCGUUCUUGCUUUUAAAACGGAUUUGUGAGGUAAGGCUUGGUUGGAGUAGCAGCCUCAGUCAGGACAAUCUGCUAUCCAGAUCACGUGAACAAAUAUGCUUGUAUUUUAAGGCAGCGCCUUUAUUUGUCAUGAUAAAGGUUUCCCAAACCCCAAUAUCCUAAUGUUGACUCAAACGAUGAUCCUACUUCUGUAAACCUUCGCGCUAUUUUUCCAGGGGGAGGCUGACUGCCAGCAAUUUUGUUCGUUUUUGGAAUAAGGAUACCUACUUGGCUUUUUAUUGGUAGUUGAGUGAGUGGCUUCCAUUCUUUCGGGAAUACUGUCUGCAUUGGUAUAUGGAAAUGUCUGAAAAAGCGCAAGAUCAGGUUUAGGACAGUACGGUGCACAGACAAAGGGUGAAGGAUAUAUCCGAGGCACUGCAGGGAAAGAUAUUGAGACUGAGAAGCACGGCUCUAUGAUAAAUUGAUUCACAGGUCGUGGUCCGAAUAAUGAGGAGCGCUUGAGGGAGAAGAGAGAACAGUGCGAUACACACUGCGGUCAAGGUAUAGAGAAACAGUGGGAAGCCCCAGUCACGUGACAAAGGAGCCCAUGCCAUUGGACAGGGGAACAAAGUCCCUCGUAGAUUAAAAUCUUCACAAUGCAGAAAGCCACUUAUUAUGAUAACGCUGGACUUUUUGGAGGUUACUCAUACCCUAAGUCUGACUCGUAUACGUAUGGGCCUGCACACCAGUCCUACCCCACCUCCAGCAUCGAGAAUGACUAUCAAGGCCCAAUCUGCUCCAUUCAAACUAACACGGUGCGGCCGCCGGCGCACAAAAACAGUGACAUCAAUGGCAGCUGUAUGCGACCAAGUGGCAGCCAGGGCAGCCAACCAGAGAGUGUUGGUGACCAGCAACAAGCGCCUCCUUUAGCAGCCACUUCGCCUAACUCCAACAGCACCACCACCCAGAAAAAGAAAUCUCCCAGCAACAAUGGCUCCAACACUGCCACCCCAGUCAUCACCAAGCAGAUAUUCCCAUGGAUGAAGGAGACUCGUCAGAACUCAAAACAAAAAAGCACCAACUGCACGGCUCCAGGAGAGACCUGCGAUGACAAGAGUCCUCCUGGACCGGCCUCCAAGCGGGUGCGCACUGCCUACACCAGCGCCCAGCUCGUGGAACUCGAGAAGGAGUUCCACUUCAACCGCUAUCUGUGCCGUCCCCGAAGAGUUGAGAUGGCUAAUCUACUCAAUCUCACCGAGCGCCAAAUAAAGAUCUGGUUUCAAAACAGGAGGAUGAAGUACAAGAAGGAUCAGAAAUCCAAGGGCAUAAUGCACUCUCCCUUAGGACACUCUCCGGACAGAAGCCCACCGCUAAGUGGCCCCAAUCACGUUGGAUACUCUGGUCAGCUUCCAAAUGUAAACAGUCUCAACUACGACGCGCCGUCGCCUCCGUCCUUCGCCAAGCCUCAGCAAAACAUGUACGGUCUGGCUGCGUACACUGCGCCGUUAGGCGGCUGUAUACCACAGCAGAAAAGGUACCCUGGUACCGAGUACGAGCACCACAGCAUGCAGGGGAACGGAAGCUUUGCCAACGCUAAUUUGCAAGGGAGCCCCGUGUACGUCGGGGGGAAUUUCGUUGAUUCUAUGCCAGCCUCGGGCCCAAUGUUCAACCUCGGCCAUCUUCCUCAUCCCUCAUCAGCCAGUGUGGACUACAGCUGUGCCGCUCAGAUCCCGGGCAACCAUCAUCACGGACCGUGUGACCCUCACCCCACAUACACAGACCUCACCUCUCACCACGCUUCUCAGGGAAGGCUGCAGGAAGCACCGAAGCUAACGCAUUUGUAAGGAUUUGGUGUGCGCGUGUGCCCAAGCGAAGUGUCGCUUUUUAUUACCUCACAAGUAAAAAAAAUAGUAAUUUAUAUAAAUACACUCCGAGAGAGAGACAGACAUAACGUAUUACCCCUGUACUAUUAUUGAUAUUACUAUUACUGCUAUGACUGUAAUUAUUUUUUAAGCUGUGGUCCAUUUCUCUUGACUGUUGGAGAUGCGCAAGAGUGUUUGUUGUCAGUCGUUUGAGAUCUUGAGAGAGAGCAGUGCGCAAUAUGAAGGCAAUUUCAUAUCUUAUUACUUGAAGGUAAGUCCUGUAGAUUUUACAAUAUUAGACACCCAUCUUUAUAGGGAUGGAAUUUGUAGGGAAAAAAAGAAGAAAUCAUUGCCAUUGUUAAGUCGUCCGUUUAGUCAUUGGUACCUAUGAAUCUGUUAACACUAAAAGUGUCACUAUUAUUUAUUAUUUGAGAUUGUAUGGACAACAUUUAUCCCUAUUGAGUAUUUAUUAUUUAUCAGUUUUGUAACGCACAUUAUUUAUCUUUUCACGUGGACUAUUUAUAUGGACUAUUGUAGAAUUUAUGCAUCAGAACUGAACAAACUGCGCGGGCUCUGCCAUUCUCCCAUUUCAAACAAAGUGAUAAUACGUGGCUGGUGUAUUUCUGUUUAUUGUAUUCUUUUUCUUCUUCCUGUAUCAAAACUUAAAAUCUGAAGACGACACAUCUAAACAUUUUUGUUUUAUUGCAAUCGAGAACCUGGCACUUGACACUUUUUUUGGGACAAUGCUUAAAUGUUUUAGGCUAGCUUAAAAAAACACCAGCACACAAUUUUGCCAUCUUUGCCAUCAUCACUCUUAACAGAUAUUAUUUUGUAAGUGAACAGUCCACACACACACACACACACACACACACACACACACACACACACACACACACACACACACACACAAACACACUCACUCAAACUGAUGAAAUGGUAACGAUAUGGAAAUGUUAUAUUUUGUUGUGUUAUACAUUUUGUAAAUAAAGUGCUUAAAUUGAAA